GCAACGGAGCGGAAUUUAGUUUGGAUCGGUUGGUCGCGGCGAGCGUUUGCAAUGUUGGCUUAACUGGAAUGCUGUUUUUGUAGUUUCGUGGCACAUCGCUUUGAUCAUUGUACGGAAACGGCGAAAAACGGGUGACGGGGCGUAUGUUUAUCGUGACGGUUACGUGAACGAAUUGCGUGAUUGGACGCCUCUGUCGAGAGUCGUAGAGCAUCAUCAUCGUUCGUGCGGUGCAUCUAUGCGGUUGAUGUGGUAUUCUACCGGAAGCUGGACUGGAUACUGAGUAGCUUCAGUUAUUGUGAUUAAACUGCGUGCCUUGACCGUUACGGUGCUGCAUUCUAUGUCUGUGCACAUAGAGAUUGGUGCAUAUUGAAACAGAAUGCCAGUGGUUUAGUUUUCGGAUUUCAGAACGAUUGUGAUUUCUUCAACGACAGGGCAAACAGCUAUGCCGAAGCCAAGCUGAUAUCACCCAAAGAAAAUCCCACCAAAUACUCUAGUCUAUCCGGUAAACCCCCAGCUUCAAUUAACUUUGACUUCGAGACACUUUUGCCGUGCCACUCGAACCUGCUGAGUGUCACCAUUUCCACUACAAACAAGCACAUUCAAAUGAAACCACCAAGAAACCCAAGGAGGAUCAGGCAAAAGCGAAGAAAGCAGUAACUACGGUUUCCUAUUCCGCCCUACCGCCACUACCGAAGAAACUGGUAGGAAUAAGACUCACCCUGGAACACAUUCAGCAGCACACCAAAGUAAACUACGCUCAAAUUUAUAAAUACACCCCUAUCCCCAUUAGUGCGGCAAUCAGACAGGGCUAAACCCACAAUCCUCACUCGGUAACUGACGACUGUGGUGUGGACAAAACUACAGGAAUACCCCUCCUUCCUGGUACGCAAACAGAGAACAUGUUGCAACCGUCCUCGCCAACAACGUCCAGUAGCAGCAGCAGCAGGAAGCUAAUGGCUCUGCUGCUGGUCCAACUUUUGGCCACGUUGGCCGUCGGAUCGGUCGCCACAUCAACGGCGCCGCAGAAAAACUCCAACCCCUACGCGGUCCGGAUUAACAAGUGCUGCGAAAAGUUCGAGGUCAUGUACGAUGGCAAGUGCACCGUCGCCGACACCAUCAAUGCGACCCUAUGGGUGCCGGAGUUCACCGGUCGCAACGGCGAGCAGAACGUCCAGGUCGAGUCCGUCAAGUACAUAAUCGGAGCACCUGAUUGUGGCAGCAUGCAAAAGUGGCCCAUCUUCCACUACGAAAAGAGCGAGGAUAAGUUGAUUCUCUUCCCGGACGGGAAAGUGCGUCACCUGAUACUGGAUCCCCACGCCAGGGACGAGCCCGAGGACGAGUGGAACCACCUCUAUGUGGCUGGAAUCCAUACGGAGGCCCCCUUCCAGUACGACUACGAACAGGGCCAGUACUGCCUGGACAAGGCGUUGAGUAGUAAUGAGAAGCAACCGGAGGGCAUUUUUGCCACGGUUUGCUCGCCGGAGAAGGCCAUCCGAUGGACGGACACGGAUUUUUUGCUUCGGAAGAUUAUCAACCCGAUAUGCCACGGGAUGGCCAUAGCAAUCCUGUUAGUGGUGGCGAUUAUCUACUUUGUGCUGCCCACCUUGAGAGACCUUGUGGGGAACAUCGUCACAUCCAUCACGGUUUGUCUCAUAAUCAGUCAAGCUGCGGACCUGGUCCGGAUCUUCACCGAGUUUAGCAGUCACGUGAGCUUUGUCGUGGCGGAUUCCUUCUUCUACAUCAGUUUACUUGCUGCAUUCUUCUGGCUGAACAGUAUGGGAUACUACAUAUGGAAAACGUUCCGAGCCCGGAAUGUCUUUCUACGAGUUACCGAUGGUCGGAAAUACUGUUGGUAUUCUGGAUACGCGUGGGGUGCCACAGCUACCAUGGCAUCGGUGGCGAUAUUCUCGCACUUCUUCCUGGACGGUCCCAACGCAAAGAAGAGCUCCAGCAUCUUCGAAGAUCAGGACAACAUCGGUUGGUUGGGCAUCGCCGUGUUCUUCACGCCGAUCGCAUUUAUCAUUCUGGUGAACAUCUUUUUCUACGUCACCACAAUGAAGUUCAUCAACCGAAUGAACACCUACGGUAGGAUACACCAUAAACUUAAGGGAAAUUUCGUGAUGUUCUCGCUGAUCUUCCUAGUCAUGAGCAUUUCGUGGCUGUUCCUGAUCCUCUCCUGGCUGCACUACGACGCUCUGCUCUACACCCACAUCGUCGUGAACGCCUUACAAGCUCCAUUCAUCCUGUACAUUUGCGUUCUCCGUCAGAAGCACGUAACAUUCCUGCUUAAAAAGUCCUGCUGCUACAACGAGCCUCCGCAAACGUCCGACUGGGGCGACGAGAUGACCUACAUGAAUGGAGGCGAUUACUGACCCCGCCGAAUCAGAACGUCGAAGCACCGAAAUAAUCUCACCAACAACGACGAAGUCGUCAAACUUGGAAUCUUUAGACGAGAAUCUCCUCCGCCACCUGCAAUGGACAAAAGCAAACGCGGUCUUCCGCCCACUGCAUGAUGGAAAACUAGAAAUACAUUCCUUUGUAUCGUGAAAACUUUGGUGCAGCUACUACUGACAAAUUUGUACAACAGAAAACGUCCAGUUGAUGAACAAUUUCAAUAGGUUAAGUUAAAACGCGUGAAGGAGGAAGACAUUCUAAUGAGUAUUUAGUGUUUCAUAAAGGACAAAGUGAAAGUGUGCUUAAAUUGUUUGAACGAAAUUGAAUGACUCUGGUCAAGCGAUAAGAAAUGAAGAACAAAAUCAGCAAUUUGUUGACAGAUUACUAGUGCUAAGAAAACGAGCUUAUCGUUUAGUUGAAGCUAAGCUAAGAAAGAGGUUUAUUAACAUUGACAAAGACUCAUAGGAAAGAGUAGAAUGUAAGUAGGAUAACCAGAAAAGUGCUUAGUAUAACUAAUGACUAACUAAUAAAUCUAAAA